GCAGGUCUCCAGAGAUUCAAUAUUCAGGCUGCUCUGCCAUUUCACUCCUUUAUCUGACCCAUCCAAUUGAAUACAGCUCUCACUGUGAGGUACAAUCUAGAGGACGUAUUAUUGUAGAUCGUGAAAAGAGCCAUGGCAGGCUACCUCCACAAAGGAGCGAAGCAAAUCCUCCAGAAACACCCCCAAGAUGUCGUCUUCCUCUCUGCUCUCCGCACACCUGUCACCCGCGCGAAGAAAGGCGGUCUAAAGGAUGCCUACGACCAUGAGAUGCUCGCCUGUGUCCUCAAAGCCACCCUCGACAAGCACCCCAACCUCCCUCCCUCCCACAUUGAAGAUCUCCAAAUCGGCACAGUCCUCUCCGAGCUCGGCGGCUCCAAAGCCGGCCGCAUGGCCUCCCUCCACGUCGGCUACCCCUUCACAUCCACCUUCCAGACCGUCAACCGCGCCUGCAGCUCCGGGCUCGCCGCCAUAACUGGCGUCGCGCACAGCAUCGCGGUUGGGCAGAUUAGUGUGGGCGUCGGCGGCGGGAUGGAGAGCAUGACGCGGAACUACGGGUCGCGGGCGAUCCCGACGGGGUUGUCGCCGGAUUUGAAAGAGAGUUCGGUGAAGGACGCGCGGGACUGCGUGAUGAAUAUGGGGAUCACGGCGGAGAACGUGGCGGAGCGGUAUGGCGUGACGCGGGCGGAGAUGGAUCAGUUCGCGGCAGGGAGUCAGUUGAAGGCGGCGAGGGCUCAGAAAGAGGGUUUGUUCGAUCAAGAAAUCGUGCCGAUGACGACCCGGUUCGUGCCGGAUCCGACGGUGCCGGAGAAUGUGGAGACGAUCACGGUGUCGAAGGACGAUGGCAUCCGGCCGACGACGACAGUGGAGAAACUCGCGUCGAUGAAGCCGGCGUUCAAGGAGACAGGAACCGGCACCGCGGGAAAUAGUAGCCAGGUAUCGGACGGCGCUGCCGCAGCGCUCAUGAUGCGGAGAAGCACGGCAGAGGAAUUGGGACUUUCAGGGUCAAUUAUCGGCAAGUGGGCAGGGACUGUCGUCGUCGGCUGUGCGCCAGACGAGAUGGGCGUCGGUCCGGCGCUGGCGAUUCCGAAGCUGUUGGAUCACACGGGAGUCAGCAAGGAGGAUAUUGGGAUUUGGGAGAUCAACGAGGCGUUUGCUAGUCAGGCGGUCUACUGCGUUCGAACGGUGGGCAUUGAUGAGGAGAAGGUCAACCCGAAGGGAGGCGCUAUCGCGUUGGGUCAUCCGCUGGGUGCAACCGGAGCACGGCAGCUCGCUACAUUGCUCCCGGAGUUGGAGCGGCAAGGCAAGGAGUUUGGGGUUGUAAGCAUGUGUAUAGGAACUGGUAUGGGUAUGGCGAGUCUGAUCGUCAGGGAAUAAAUUGUCUCUGUAUCACCAACAACGGCAUGCACGCUCCGUAUUCAUGACUAGUAGUUCUAAUAGGUCAUGAACCCUCCGCUGCUGCGU